AUGCACAGCAUAAAAGGCAGUAGAUGGAAGGGCGGGCCGCAUUUAGCCGAGUCCAGGCGCCUGCCUGCCGGCAACGCACGUGCAGUGGCUUCUGCUCGCAGGGCGGCGCCCACGCCGCGAGUUGCGUCGCGAGCACCGCACCUGGCGCCCAGAGCCGCGUCGGGCGAGGUCUCCCAGAGCGCGAAAAAGCCCAAGCGCGGCCGCAAGGCCGACCACGACAAAGACGGCAAGGACCCCAAGGGCGCGUCCAGCAGCAGCGCCAAUUCGGCUGGCGCCUUCUUCGCGGAUGAUUGGGAUGACGACGAUGACGAGGAUGGGGAGGGGUCUUUCCUGGCCCCUUAUAUGGACUCUGUUCUCAAGGUCUACUGCGUCCACACAGAGCCCAACUUCUCCCUGCCGUGGCAGCGCAAGCGGCAGUACCCCAGCAGCAGCAGCGGCUUCGUGGCGGCGACGGGGGACCGCCGCUGGAUCCUCACCAACGCCCACUCUGUGAAGGUCAAGCGGCGCGGCGACGAUCGCAAGUUCAUAGCGCGGGUCCUGUCAGUGGGCGUCGACUGCGACAUCGCGCUGCUCACAGUGGACGACCCUGAGUUUUGGGAGGGCGUGUCCCCCCUCGAAUUCGGCAGCCUGCCGCGGCUGCAGGACCAGGUGGCAGUGGUGGGGUACCCCGUCGGCGGCGAGAGCAUCUCCAUCACCGUCGGCGUGGUCAGCCGCAUAGAGGUGACCGAGUACACGCACGGCUCGUACGACCUGCUGGGGGUGCAGAUUGACGCAGCGAUCAACGGCGGCAACAGCGGCGGGCCCGUGUUCAACGGGAAGGGGCAGUGCGUGGGCAUCGCGUUCCAGGCGCUUUCCGGGAGCGACGUUGAAAACGUCGGUUACGUCAUUCCGACCACGGUGGUCAGCCACUUCCUGACGGAUUACAUCCGCAACGGCUCGUUCACGGGCUUCCCGGCGCUCGGGGUGCAGUGGCAGCGGAUGGAGAGCGACGCGCUGCGGCGCGCCUACAGCAUGCAGCCGAAGCAGAAGGGCGUCCUCAUCCGCCGCGUCAACGCGACGUCGCACGCCGCGUCGGUCCUGCAGUCCGACGACGUCCUCCUCUCCUUUGACGGCACCGCCAUCGCCAACGACGGCACCGUGCCGUUCCGCACCGGCGAGCGCAUCGCGUUCAGUUACCUCAUAUCUCAGAAGUAUGUGGGCGACGAGGCGGCGCUCGAGGUGCUGCGCGGCGGAGAGGUGCUGAGCACGACGGCAAAGCUCUCCAAGCCCGCGGCGCUGGUGCCGCCCCACCUGGGCAACCGCGACCCCUCCUAUUUCUUGGUGUCCGGCCUGGUGUUUGUGGCGUGCUCUGAGCCCUACCUGGAGUCGGAGUACGGUGCUGACUACGCCAGCGAGGCGCCCGUGAAGCUGCUGGACAAGCUGUACCACGGCCAGCCCACCGAGCCCGGCCAGCAGGUCGUCGUCCUCAGCCAGGUCCUGGCCGCGGAGUCCACCCUCGGCUACGAGGACGUGCUCAACGUGGAGGUGCUCGCCAUUAACGGGGCGCCCGUCCGCAACCUGGCGCACCUCGCGGAGCUGGUGGCGGGCUGCCGGGAGCAGUACCUGCGAUUUGAUUGCGAGUACAGGGAGGCAGUGGUGCUGGAUCGGGAGGAGGCGUUCAGGGACACGGCGGCGGUGCUCGAGGCGCACGGCAUCCCUGCGGCGCUGUCGGCAGACCUGCAGCAGGCCCUUCCCGCGUGGCCGCCGGCGGCCGCCAGCGGGAAGGCCGCCGCGGCCGCCGUGGCGGGAGCAGCGGGGGCGGCGGCGGCGAGCGCGUAG